AUGGCUGACUCUGUCGUCUCUGACUCCACCACCGCUUCUCCUUCCAUUGAUCAGACCUCUCCUUACUACAUACAUCCCAAUGAAAAUCCCGCAUUAAUUCUGGUUGCACCGCCGCUUGAUGGUUCGAACUAUCACACCUGGGCAAGAUCGAUGCGCAUGGCACUCCUGUCCAAAAAAUUCGUCGAUGGGUCUCUUCCUCCUCCUUCCGCUUUUGACCCGAUGUUUCCAUACUGGGAGUGCUGUAACAACCUGGUGCAAGGAUGGCUCACCAAAUUGCUUUCUCCUACCAUUGCGAAGAGCAUCCUUUGGUUUGAUCGGGCUUCCGACAUUUGGACUGAUCUCUGUUCUCGUUACUCUCAGUCUGACAUUUUUCGCAUCGCCGAUCUCCAGGAAGAAAUACACAGUCUGAAGCAAGGAAAUUUGAAUGUUACAGAGUACUAUACGAGGCUUAAAAUCCUUUGGGAUGAACUCUCUAGUAUCCGUCCGAUCAAGCCCUGUGCGUGUUCCUCCCAUGGAUCUGCUGCUAAGCACAGAGAGGAAGACUACGUGAUCAGAUUUCUCAAAGGACUUAACGAGCAAUAUGCUUCCGUAAAGUCUCAAAUUAUGAUGCUUGAUCCUUUACCUUCCAUUACUCGAACCUUUUCCCUUGUACUGCAACAAGAACGCGAAUUUCACAUUGCUCCAGAGCCCAAGAUUAUGCUUACUAAGGGUUCACGACCUUCUCCUGCGGGUUCUUUCAUUGGUUCGAACCAGAGUACCAUCAAACAAUGCACCUACUGUGGGAAACCAAGGCAUACUGAAGAAACAUGCUAUAGAAAGCAUGGUUUUCCACUGGGUUUCAGGUUUCGCAAUGGUUCCUCUGCCUCUGUGAAUAAUUUUUUGACUCAAGAUUUUGCCUCUGUUCAAGAAAUCCAUCCUUCUAAGCCUCUCCCUCCUCAUCACUCAACACAAACAAUGACUAUCCUUCCUCAACUCUCUGUUGAGCAAUACCAACAUCUCCUAACUCUGCUAAGUCCAUCUCCACCUUCGGCCUCUACUUCUGUUAAUCACGUAUCUACUUCAGUCUCCUCGGUUUUCCUUCUCCACCUUCCAGUACUUGGAUAA